GCACGCGGCGGGAGCCAUGGAGACGUGCGCGUGACGGGAAGGCCGGACCCAGGGCCGGAGGAGGUGAUCCGGGUGCUGAAGGGAGCUGCUGCCGGCGGCUGGGAGAUGGAGGAUUCCGGGGAUGAGGAUAUUCAGCCGCUCCUUGACGGAGAGCGGAGGAGAGUUUCAGCAUGCUGCUCAACUCGAUGCAAUUUGGCGAUUUUGGCCUUUUGGGGAUUUUUUGUUGUGUACGCACUACGUGUGAAUCUUAGUGUAGCGAUGGUCGAGAUGUUGGAUGAUAAUGCAACAUUGUUGAAGAAUGGGAGUGUUGAGGCGUGUCCACCUCAUUCCAAUUCUACUCAUCAAAGUUAUGUGAAAAAGGGCAAGGUAUAUAAGUGGAAUUCGGACAUACAGGGAUGGAUUCUUAGUGCUUUCUUCUUUGGUUACAUCGUUACUCAGAUACCAGGUGGAUAUCUGGCAGGUCGAUUCGGAGGGAAGCUGUUACUUGGCUUUGGCAUACUGGGUACUUCAGUUUUGACCCUCCUGACUCCUCCAGCAGCAUCACUGAGUGCUUACUGUGUAAUUGUGUUGAGGGUUAUUGAAGGUCUGGGAGAGGGUGUGACCUUCCCUGCCAUGCAUGCAAUGUGGGCUAAAUGGGCUCCCCCUCUAGAACGGAGUACACUCGUCAGUUUAUCAUAUGCAGGUGCACAAUUUGGAACAGUUGUUUCCCUCCCAUUGUCUGGAAUGAUUUGCUAUUACUUGGAUUGGUCAUAUGUAUUCUAUACAUUUGGUGCAUUUGGAGUGGCCUGGUGCCUGUUAUGGUUCAUGAUGGCUAGUGACUCACCAGAAACCCACAAAACUAUAUCCCAGACUGAGAAAAUGUAUAUAGUUGCUUCACUUCGUGGCCAGCAUUCUUUGAAUAAUGAUGUGCCCUGGAAAUCUCUAUGGACAUCUUUGCCACUUUGGGCUAUAAUCGUUCCUCAUUUUUGCUACAACUGGACUUUUUACACAUUAUUAACACUGCUGCCAACAUACAUGGAAGAAAUUCUACAAUUUGACAUUAAAGAGAAUGGCUUUUUGUCUGCCCUACCGUAUUUCUUCUGUUGGAUGGUGAUGAUUACUACUGGGUUCAUUGCUGAUUACCUGAUAAAAAAACACAAUUUUACUACAUCUGCUGUUCGUAAAAUGUUUACCAUUAUAGGUAUGGUCGGACCUGCAAUUUUUCUGGUUGCUACAGGAUAUGUGGGGUGCAACUAUACAGUGGCUGUGCUAUUUCUAACAAUAUCUUCUGCGUUGGGUGGUUUCAGCAUGUCUGGGUUCAGCAUUAAUCAUUUGGACAUUGCCCCAUCGUACGCAGGAAUUUUACUUGGAAUUACAAAUACAUUUGCUACUAUACCAGGAAUGGUAGGACCAGUUAUUGCCAAAAUCUUAACGUACCGUCAUACAAUUGCACAAUGGCGAACUGUAUUCUACAUUGCUGCUGCAAUUGAUGUAUUUGGUGCUGUGUUUUUCACCAUUUUUGGGAAAGGUGAAGUUCAGUCUUGGGCAAUUAAUAACUGAAUAUUUAGCCUAUGACCUUUUGUAUUUAAAUCAUGUGACCUAAAAGUGCCUCCGUCCAUUGUUAUAUUGCCAUGUGACCUGGAAUCACUCAUUGUCUUUUACAUUGUUGAUCUUCUCUUUUAUUAAUGCCAACAAUAGUUAGCAGAUUAUCUAAUUGUAUCUCUUUAGCCUGCUUAAUCCAUGAAUUCUAUGACUUUUUUUAAAAGAAAAGUUACCAAAGUAUUUUUGUGUAAAUUUUAAAUGCUGAAACUGAAUAAAAUAUACAACUUUCAAAAACUCUCAGUAACUUAGCUAAUAAAGGAAUGAAAUAGACUAUUAGUGAUAAGCCAUCUAGUCAGUCAUUAUUAUAGGGUCAUACAGCAUGGAAACAGACCCUCGGUCCAACUAUCUAUGUCGACUGUGUUUAGAUACCAAAUUUUGUUCCUGGUGUAAAAUGUGAUGUCCUAAGUAUCUUUUGUAUAACAGUCACCAGAUCGGUCCUCUAAUUUACUAAUCCAAUGGGUUUCCUGAUGACAAGAAUCAUUGUGAAUAAACAGCACCUUUAAGACCUGUCAUGGUGAAGCCUACAAUAGUGUAAAGUACAGUCCAAUCUGUAUAUCUAUAAUCAAAUAAUGCAUCCAACUGUAUCAUAUGAUGAUAGAGUCAAACCAGUAAACUGAAGAGAAAGAUGACAUCAAGCUAAAAGAAAUAGCUUGCACAGACAUAAAGUGGAAAUCCAGCAGACUGGGAGAGUUAAACAAAUACUUUGUAUAUGUUUUCACAUAAACGAAGAGGGUGAACUGUAAGGAAUAAUGGUAUAAGGGAACCUAAAAAUAAAUGAAUGAGGUAAACCUUUGUAAUUGUAUAAAUUUUGUGCUGAAACCAAACAGCAUCUGCAAUUUCCAAACUUUGUGUAAUUUAUUUAAUAAAGGAAUUAAAUGGUAUGCACUUAA